AGUGCUAUCUCCGAUCAAGAGUCUUUGCAAUCUCGAGUCUGUGCGCCACCGUGUCUCGGCGUCGAGCUCCAAUCCACAUGGCGGAGGAUGAGACGUCCGAGCCCCUAUCCGUCUAUGAGCUGCGUCCUCCAGAAUGGCUUCCAAAAGUCCACGUUAGCGCAGAUCUUGGUUAUAUCGGCUUUUCCCCUCCUAGACCUCACCAGGUCGAGGAGACGCUCACAGAAGCGAAUGUCAAGAAUGGCCUUCAGCUUCCCCACACAGUACCUGCAGAGACGUACAGCGCACAAGACUCUAAUCGGAAGCGUCUGAUGCAGGAGAAUGCACUCCAUGAACUAGAGGACCUAAUGAACCAGAUCUUCGCUCGAAAGGCGGAGAGUGUACCUGGGAUACCAGCUUCGUCGUUCCGCCUGCCGUCCAGAGUCACACUCAACGAUGCUAAACGUCAGGCAUGGUUCGCUGACCUGGCAAACCCCGAUGUCCCGCUAGCGAAGCUCGGCAAGAAUGUCCCGCAUGGAGCGAAGGGCCACGACCUCCUUGACUUGCUCCAUACCAACAACGUUGCAAUUCCUCGCGCGGUAUGGUUUCUCCGUGUCUUUGGAGCCAACGAAUCGGCGGGGUUGCGGAACAGGCCGACCUAUAACCCAACCCAAUACAGCGUCGAGUGGGCCAACGUCAUGACCACCUACCUAAAGAAGCAGCUCGCGGACAUUGCCCUUCCCAGCGCCCCGCGCCCUGGCCUGAGCAUCAAGCAGACGUUCAAAGGCGUGCUAUCGGACGUCAGCACCCGCGAAAAGUGGAUCUCUCGUUUCACAUACUGUUUGAGUCUGUUACGCACGUUCUAUGCGGAAGGUCUGGUCGACAAUCGAACGUUCCUGUCGUGGCUGGUCCAGCAGAUGGCUACUUGUAAUCUUGCUCAGCUAGGAUUCGUCGCUCGGUUGGCGGAUGAGUACCUGGACGGCAUGCUGGUGAGCCGCGCGCUGACGCAUCCUGUCGUGGAAGCGUGCUUGGCCAAGUAUGUCGAAAUACAGGGCUCGGCUGCCAAGGAGCAGCUCACGAACACAGCGAAUAUCCUCAGGAACCUCAUCUCGCGUUCGUUCCUGUCUCUCCCAGAUGCCUCUGUCAGCCCUCGAAUGUAUAUCCAAUACGGCUCUGUGCUGGAAGAUAUCUUGUUGGAGAACUUCGCUGCGGACGUAUCAGACAGCGCUGCGCAGCCGAGUCUCCAGUCGCUACACCAGACGGUGGUGAACACGCUGUUAGACGUGCAGCGUCGGAACGAAGCCAUGCUAUUCCACCAUCUCCCUCCCCGGGUACUCGGCACGCUUUCUUCUGCGUUGUCCGAUAUCAAGCUCCUCAACUCGAUCUCCGGGAAGACCGAUCUGACCAGCGUGGCUCUUUUCGAAGACACGUUCGAUAUCUCGGAGACGUUUACCCGGAAACUGGACUUCCUGCUGACCUGGAGCGUCACUCCGCUUCAGUACGGCGACCAUCGACCGUACGCUGCUGCCUGUCUUCUCCAGCUGUGGAGGAACAGGGCAGAGGAGCGCGCGAUCAGGCGGGACGCGCCUUCCUCGGACGAUCAGAUACAGAGUCUGUUGUUCCACUGGUUGAACAAGUCUGAGGUCGCCGGAGAGCCGAGCAAUCUCCCUGCCGUGGCGCUGCUGUUCGGCCAACUCGUCAAGCAUGGGCUGUUCUCUUUUGGCAUGUACAUGCAGCAUCUCGUCGCACGAGGAGAGGAAGGCUUGUCGUAUACUGAGCCAGAGGGAGGCGAGGUGUCGCGACAUCGCGAGUUUCUCCGAUGGAUCCCUCUCCACGAGCCGAGCCCCUCGCUCAUGAACGAGCGGAAGGGACUUCUAUAUGGCCUCCGUGUGCGCGAGACGCCAGAAGAAGCCAACGAGCGGGAAAUACGUAAGGAGCUCCGUUCACUGCUCCCAGAACUCUUCGGCGGCGAACCCCAGUCCGGGCAAGCAUCGACAACCACAUUCUGGCUAUCAUGUAGCAGCUUACUGUCAGCUCCGCGUUUUGAGCAAGUGAAGACCAUCAAGCAAUGGUUCCUGCCUAUCUACAAGAAAUGGCUGUUGAAUCAGAGCGAGCUGAACUUCGACUCUGAGGCGCUUGUAUUGCGAGUCUACACGUUGACAACGGUGAUUAUGGCUCGCAUCAGGUCCUAUGGGUCCAUUCUAGACAUGUCCCUAGCUACCCUUGAGCACGCCACCAGUAGUCCGCUACUCAACGCUGUCAUCGAGACGCUGCGGCAGCAUAUGGAAGUUUGGGCUUGCAUGAACCGCAUGCAAGGCGUUGCCUCUGCGCUCUGGGCCGUUCACCAGACUUGGCGAAGUCGCGGCUCGCAGAACCGCAUGCUAUUGAAGCUUCUUGCAGAGGUUGACAACGAUACGUACCUGGAGCCUGCAGCGCGUGAACAGAUGCUGUCGGAUAUAUCAGCUUAUACUCACGCUUUGUUCCCCACAAAUGAGAACCCCAGCAUCGUCCCUCCAGUCCUGCCCGAGAUCUUGAUGCUCGCGACGGAUCCAGCGCCUGGAGCCCCAUCACUCCUUGCGAACAGCCUCUGGUACAAGUACAUGACAUCGCCCGAUUGGGCCUGGAAAGUAUGGGACAAUACGGUCGCCAGUCUACGUCAGCUUCCCGCUAUGCUGUCGGACGUUGCUAGUCGCCGGGAAUGCGCCCUACGCUACGCCACGUUCCUGCUGCACGUCGAUCAACACCUUCCCCGAGGAUUCGACGAGCAAAUCCGAUCCUGGCUUCUGGGCUCUGGGAGAAACGAGAUUGCUGCACUCACGACGGAGACCUGGGAUGUGGUCACUGUGGUUCUCUUGUACCUCAACUGCUAUGGAGCGCUUGCUACUACCACCAUCCUCGAAAGUCUGGUCUUUCAGGUCUGGCAAGCAGGCGCAAAUGUUGCCUCUGAGGAACAGGGCCAAGCAUUGGAGACACUGCUGACGUCGGUCAACAACCUGUUCGAACAUCUGCUUCUCAGGGACGAAUGUGGCACAGGCCUCCCGCCUGCCGAUGUCUUUGAGGCCCAAGGGCUUAUGACUCGUCGUCGGGACGUCUUUCGUGAACCUCACUUCUCCUUACUGGUAUCUCACUUUCCCGCUCUCGUCCUUAUCGAACAGAAUCGGUUUCUCUCGGAGACGCUGAGGGCUGCGUCCUCGACUCUUCGCAAGACAAUAUGCCGAGUAAACGUCUUCCGUCAAGGUAUUUAUCGCGACCUCGAUGCCGUCCGCAUCACCUUCGAGAAGCUUCUCGAGUCCCAGAGUAUACCGGACGACCUGCACGAGCCUCUGGUUAGUGCGUUACGGUUGAUGCUCAAUGACCCAGGUCAAGAUGGUCCUGUAAAUGCUGCUGAUCUCCACUCCGUGUCCUCCUUGCUCAGUCACUGGAAGCUGGCUGCCACAUCUAUCGAGAUAAGGCUGACAAUCAAACAACUGCAGGAGGGCAUGUCGCGCGAGUCAACUCGUGUUGCGGCAUGCGCCAGUCUGGACAGACUCACGUCUGCCGUCUUCUACUCUUGUAAACAGCCCGAAGAGGCAGACUUCAUUGCGGACCUGAUCAUAGACGUGGAUCGGACUGUUGCCGGGAAGUUUGUUAACGCGGGCCUCAAGCGGGUAACCGACAUCUUCCGGGAAUGGGACCCACUCCUGGACAACAGGACCCACAAUGACCUGAAGAAAUGCGCGAGCGAAAUCCUUCGCCUCAUGGCCAACAUAGUUGCUCCAUUCAGACAAGAUGCUUCGCUGCCUCAGCUCGACCCUCCCGUCCAAGAUAUAUUCUUCUCAGUGCUCUGCGCCAAGAUCAAGAAGAUGACAGAGAGUAUGGCAACCCUUUUGCGGAAUCCAUGGGAAGAGUCGGCGGCUAGGGGGACGCAAGCAGUCGUCUUUCUGGCCCGAAUGUUGCAGUUCCACCUGGGUUUUGCCAUCAGCUGGAGUCAACAGGCGAAGGAGAAUGCGGAAGAGCUAUGCCGCAAUCUAACUCAACUUGCUCUAAUGUACGGCACUGGAGACAGCCUGAACAUGCUAGCAUUUCCGUUGAUCCUUGAUACCCUGUGCUAUACCUUGGAUGAGAUACCAGGAGACAUCAAAGCGACGGUGCCCUUUGACCCCUUCCGCAACUACCCCGAGUUCAAUCUUUCUGAGCUCCCCGCUGAUUUGCCACCGGAAUACAAGACCCGUAUGCGUAGCCUCCUCCCGUAUGUUGAGCUGAACCCCGCUGUCGAAGGCCUUAUCUACACCACUCGUGAUGCUUCUGGAGCGCUAAUUAGCUCCGUCCCUGUGCAAAAUCGCCCCUGGGAAUGGACAGAGUACAUCGGAGAGAACCCUGCCGGUGACCUGUCCAGAGGAGGGGAUGAGCGCGCGCUGGACGGUCGAACACAAGUGAAGAACUCCGCAGCGCUUUCGCUCGAGCUCUUCGAGGCACGAGUCACUGGAGAUCGCAUCAUUCUCCCUACCCGGCAAGUUCAUCAGGGCUUUGCCGGUGAUGUAGAGGACAUGAUGGCAGAAGAGAAUCUCCGCUCUUUCCAAGACGACGUAUACUCUGAGGGCCCAUUUCGCCGCGACUGGCGUGAGACGCGGAUACCUCUUAGCGACGGUACUCGGUCGGGCACUGGCUCCCGGGGCAAUUCAGCUGGUGACGACAACAGUGGUACCGGUGUCCCUCCCUUGCCUGCUCUGAUUGGACAUGCUUCCCGGAACACAACUACGGAACGCCGCCCUUCAUCACGCGGACCAUCACCAGCAUCGUCCGUCCGUUCGGCUGGCUCAGCACGCUCUGUCGCCUCUCUACGCCAAAGUCCCGCUCACGCGCUGAGCCGUCUCUCUGUCUCUACAUCAGGGGACAUUAUCGACGCAGAUGCUCUGGAUGGGGGAGGAUCUGGGACGGGAUCGUCAAACAAGCGCAAGACGAUGAGCACAAUUGCAGAAGAGGACAGUGACAUCGAGAUCAUCGAGGGUCCUAUCCCAAAAUCUCAAAAUCGUGCGCAAAAGCGAGCGAAAGGGAGAGCGGCUGAGAAGUCCACUAGUAAGACAACCAAGAGCAAGAGAUGAUGGAUUGCAAGAUGCCCUCGAAACCCCAGGCUCUCAUAACUUUUUAUUCC